CACUACCAUCUGCAGUUGAUGGGGGAAAUUAGAAGGUGUUAGCGAUCUGAUUUCUAUGGAAGAAUUGACGUUCGAGCAAUUUGAAUUAUUCGGGAGAGAGACAACCGAUAACGGGAGUAGAGACGCAGACGAAUCGUGGGCGUUCGGCGUGUUGCCGUCCUGUGUGCCGCGUUGGAUGAACCCACACCUCGUAUCCACAGAUCUGCCCAUGGGAGUGGUGCAAGACAAUAUUAUCGACCUGACUGAGGAGGACGAGGAGGAGGACGAACAUAAACCCGGACCAAGCAACGCAAAUACACAGAAGUGCCCGAGAGAGGCUGACGCGCCGUCGGUCGCCCCCGAGAGAAAGAAAAGACUAGUUGCGAUCGUAACUCCGAUCAUAAUGGUUGAAGACGCAGUUGACGACGGUGACCGAGAGCGUCUCAAUAAUGAUCAACUUAGGGCCGAGACUCCGCUGAACGAAUGGGAAACAGCCAGUUGGACCAGCGAAUGUAGCGACGAUUUACAGCCACUCGCUUUUCAAGAACCGGUUGAGGAAGAAGAACCUGAAUUUCAAGAACCGGUUGAGGAAGAAGAAACUGAAUCGUUGCCAGACUACCGACAGAAUGACGAUGUGAAUGAAAGAUCUGAUGCUUUGAGCGAAGAGAUGAUUAACCGUCAGGAUUCUUUGCAUGAAGAGUUGAUUAACAGACAGGACGCUUUUUUCAACAAACUUCUCAACAGGCAGGACUCUCUGCAUGAAGAGCUGAUUAACAGGCAGGCUGCUUUCUUCAACAAACUUAUUAACCGAAUGGACGCCCAGGACGUGAGGGGUCACGAACAAUAAGAAGUGCCUGGGUUUAUUUAUCUAAGCCUGCCUUGGAAUGCAACCGGACACGCG